AUUCAGCAUACUGAGCACUAGGUAUCUGGAAAAAUUUACCAUUUUGAAGACCCAGGAGUUUCGGAGAAGAUCUGAAAAUAACAAGGAGUACAUGCCAACAGGAUGGUGAGGCUGACAGCAGUGCUCGCCCUCACCGUGCUAAGUCUCUGUAUGGGACCAGUCUCAACCAUCAGAAGACUUAAUCACAUGUUAGAUCUGACGAGCAGCUCAUUUCAGAAGUUCCCCCACAAUGGUCUCAUGUUACUCUACUGGUUCACUGCACAUACAGAUUUUACCAGUGAAGAUGCCAUUGUGCCUAAAGAUUUUAAUCCCAGUAUGGGCGACUAUGGAUGCACAAUGUAUGGCAACAGAGAGGGGCUUUUCCCAACGAUAUCACCUUACACUAAAGAUGAGUCAUACUAUAUCAUUGGGAACCUCAAAAAUGCGGCAGCUAAAUUUCCCACUUAUGUUAACCAAGAUUACUACAAUGCUUACUGUAAUUUGAAAGAUAGUCAGUACAGCACCACCCAAGACAACACCAACAAGAACCAAGACCGAAUCAUAUUCCGGCUGAAAGCUCUCUCUAGUGGUUUCCAUAUAAAAGAUGUCUACAUCACGCAGACCACCGCCACAGGUCUCCGUUUGAGUCACACCCAUACCUAUGAGGUCACAAUGCAACUUCUGAGGGAGAUCACAGAUAUCAUGCAGCACAAAGCAGCCAUUCUCUGUCCAUCUCUGAAGUUGAAGGAAGAGCAAGCUCACAGUAUGUUUGAAGACCCGAACCUCGCGUGGUUCCUCACCCUUGCCGAUUACGAUGUCUCCUACCGAGAGCUUUGUCUCAGCAGCACCCACUGCUCUGACUACACCCAAGGAUUCGGGGGGUGCACAAACAGCCUGCACUGCAUACCGGGCAAUAAGUAUGGUGAAGUUUGUGACUGGGACCCGACGAGCCUGAAGGUGGGAACCACAGAGGAUGGCCACGCUGUACUGAACUGGACUAACAUACCAGACACCAGAGUCGAAGAGGAGGGCUUGGUGGUGGCACUGUUUGAAAACGACCACAGCUCAGACGCCCUCGCCGAAAAAGCUGUCGACGGCCUCACCUCGGGCUCUUUCCCCACUGAAAUAAGUCUGGACGCGGGGCUUCAGGUGAGGCUCCUACUGAAGCCAAAUAAAACUCUCUGGAGAGGCCCAGAGCUUGAUGAUGCCAACGGCAAGAAUCAAUUGAUUUUAAACUCUUAUGCCAGUGUGCAGCUUUUCGCAAGAAACGGAACAGCCGGUGUACGAUUAUAUGUCAAAAAGUCAUACGACUGGAAGGUGAAUUUUUUAAAUUGGUAUAUAGGUUAUUGUUUGAAUACAGGGUCUUCGUAUUCGGCUUGGGUGUAUAUACAGAAUAUUGUCCAAAAAGUUUAUCAGUUUGCAGAAUUUGACGUUUAUGAGUACGUUUAUGGACUCAAAAUAAGAUCCUCGUCCUGCCUUAAGGUUAUAAACCAGAGAGGUUAUACAGUAGCCACAACCAAGCCUUGGGAUGAAUAGAUGAAUCUGCAGGCCAGCGGUAAAGCCAGGGAUACCAUUGUCUUUCACCCUUGUUCUUCUUCAGCUUUUAUUAUAACACCUUAUUUUCUCUAUAUGCCGGUAGUAAGCUUUUUUCUUCUAAUCUCUGUUUUGAAUGGCAAUCAAGUGGAUGUUAUACACAAAAUGUAAUUGUUUCUGCAGGUUAAUGUAACCAACAAUCAAUAAAUGCAAGUGAAAUGUUAA